CUGCCGAAAUACUUGCAAAAUUUUCCAGGAGUUUAUUUUUAUUUUAUGCUACUCAAAAUACGUUGAACUUAAUAUUGUAGCUUCCUUAUAAAUCCAUAUCAUGGAUUAAAGUGCGAUGUGUGUGUAGUUACGUCGGUAGUCUACACAAAAAAUAUGUCUAACCAAGUAGGCCCGUUCGUGGCUGGGCUGAAGUCCCGAAAUGUGGAUUUACAAAUCAAGACAGCUCGUGAGCUGUACCACUAUGCUAAGACGGAGCUUCGCGAGGUGCCGCAGGAAGAGCUCACGCACUUCCUGGACGAGUUCAACCACCAAAUCUUCGAGAUGGUUUCCAGCAGCGACGUACAUGAGAAGAAGGGAGGGGUGCUCGCUAUCGUGUGUCUGAUUGGAGGAGACUGUGACACUACUAAGACAAGGAUUACCAGGUUUGCUAACUAUCUCCGGAACCUGCUCCCAUCUUCAGAUGUGGGUGUGAUGGAACUAGCGGCCAAGACGGUUGGAAGGCUAGCAACUGUGUCCGGAGUAAAACGGGCUGAGUAUGUUGAGUUUGAAGUGAAGAGAGCAUUUGAAUGGCUCUCAGAGGAAAGAAAUGAAGGCAGGAGGCACUCCGCAGUCCUACUCCUGAAAGAAAUGGCCAUUGCAAUGCCUACUUAUUUCUACCAACAAGUCUCAGGAUUCUUUGACCAUAUCCUUGUAGCUUUAAAGGAUCCGAAACCACAAAUUCGAGAGGCUGCAGCCAAAGCUUUAAGAGCAGGUUUAGUGGUUACAACUCAAAGAGAAUCUGCUAAGCAGUCUACAGCCAGGCCACAGUGGUACAUGCAAUGCUAUGAAGAAGCUAUGCUCUCUUUUGAAGAGAUCCCUACCAAAGAAAAAGGAAUCACCAAAGAAGACAGGGUUCAUGGAGGCCUACUGAUCUUGAAUGAACUCCUGAGAUGUUCUAAUGCUGCAUGGGAAAAGAAAUACACAACGCUUAUGCAGAGUUUGGAUACUCGGAAAGAUAACAUCAAGUCUGAUGAUAUAAUUUUUUUGAGUGCAAAGCUGCACAGUCCAUCUGUCAAGAGAGGGUACUUGUGUGAUGGAUUUAAGACUGAAAAUGUAACAUACCCCGUUUCUAUUUAUGAGUCUGCUGUAUGCAGAGCUCUGUUGACUGAAAAAUUUGAAAGAAUAUGCCAUGAUGUAAUGGCGCAGCGCAUGCUUAAAACUCAGGGAGUGCCUCAGAUUUUACUUAUAAUAAUCCCUCGAUUGGCUGCAUUCAACAAGGAAUAUUUUCUUAAGAAGUACUUUGGUACUACCAUGAACUACUUGCUAGCAUCUCUGUCGACUCUCCGCAGUCGCGAGAGAGACAGGAACAUGGCCUUCACCACCAUUGGUCUCGUGGCGGCUGCUAUUGGUAGUGAAAUCAAAAGCUACAUCCCCAGGAUUAUGGAUGUGAUCAAACAAGCUCUUCCAGUGAGAGACUCAGUGAGUAAGAGAAGGAUGUACAUAGACCCCUCAAUCUUUGCAUGUAUUGCUUUACUGGGCAGUGCUGUCAAAGACUUAGUGGUGAAUGACAUCAGGGAACUGCUGGAUGCCAUGUUUGCCACUGGACUCAGUCCAUCAUUGACUAUUUGUUUGAAAGAGCUGAGUGAAAAUCUACCAGUUCUCAGAGGAGAAAUAUCAGAAGGUUUGCUGAAUAUGUUGUCACUAGUACUAAGAAACAAGCCCUUCUUGCAUCCAGGUAUACCAAGAAGCCUGGAACAGCAGAUGAGUUCCAUGAGCAUGGGCGCAGAACCUCAGGACACUGCUAGCAUUGUUCUAGCUUUGAGGACACUUGGCACAUUUCAAUUUGAGGGGCAACACAGUUUAUUGACGUUUGUGAGGCGCUGCGCCGAUCAUUUCCUUCAAAGUGAUCAGCAGGAAGUCAGAUUGGAAGCUGUCAAAACUGCCGCAAAACUGCUUGCCGAUGCAACAGUGAGGAAUAUGAAAACGCCAUCGCGCACGCUCACCAUACUAACUGCCGAAGUUGUAGGGAAGUUGUUGGUCGUAUCUGUAACAGACCCAGAUUACGAAGUGCGUUAUUGGGUUCUGGAAUCAUUGAACGAAAUUUUCGACUCUCAUUUGGCACAAAUUGAAAACCUGAAUUUCUUAUUCAUUGCUAUGAAUGAUGAACAACUGGAGAUACGAGAGCUAGCCAUCUGCUCCGUAGGGCGGUUGAGCACGGUCAACCCCGCUUACGUGAUGCCUGGACUCAGAAAGACUUUGAUACAGUUCCUCACUGAGCUGGAACACUCAGGUAUGAGCAGGAACAAAGAGCAGGCAGCUAGAAUGUUAGACAACUUGAUCAGGCAUGCUCCCAGGCUCGUAAGACCCUAUAUGGAAACAAUCCUCAAUGUUCUAGUACCAAAAUUAAAGGAAUCUGAAGCCAAUCCCGGGGUCGUGAUCAGCGUGCUGAAGGCUGUUGGAGAUUUGGCAGACGUCAAUGGAGACAACAGCGGACUUAAGAAAUGCUUGCCAGAGCUUUUAGCCAUCCUCCUCGAACUGCUGUCUGACGCUAGCGCCACUGAUAAGAGAAGCGUCGCCCUUUGGGCUUUCGGCCAACUGAUCAGCGCCACUGGAUACGUCGUAGUUCCAUACACGGAAUAUCCAAAUCUCAUGGAUGUCCUUUUAAACUUUUUGAAAACUGAACAGCAACCAAAAGACAGGAGAGAAACUAUUCGCGUCCUCGGACUACUGGGCGCUCUAGACCCGUACAAGCAUAAACUGACGCGGGGCUUAAUCAAUGGACAGCCAGACUCUAGUCUAGUUCCCGUCGCCGAUAGCAAGGCGGACGAGAAUAAUUUCGACAUGACAACUAGUGAGAUGCUCGUGAACAUGUCUUCACCCGUACUUGACGAAUAUUACCCCGCUAUUGUGAUAUCCACCUUAAUGAGAAUCCUGCGGGAUCCAACCCUUCAACAGCAUCACACUAGUGUCGUCCAGGCGGUGACUUUCAUCUUCGAAUCGCUGGGCAUUAAGUGCGUUCCAUACAUUUCUCGCGUCACGCCAAGUUUGCUCUACGUCGCUCGAGCGGCGGAUACAAAUUUCCGAGAGUUCCUAUUCACCCAACUAGCGAGGCUUAUCGCUAUCGUUAAGCAACACAUUCGCAAUUAUCUGGACAAAAUCUUUGACUUGAUCAAGGAAUUCUGGACUCCUAACAGUCCAUUGCAACCCACACUUAUAUUGUUGGUGGAACAUAUAGCUGUUGCGCUCGGAUCCGAGUUCAAAGUCUACCUGCCUCAGUUGAUGCCGCAAAUCCUGCGCGUUUUAGCUCACGACACGAGCAAAGACAGAAUUGUUACUGAGAAACUGUUGUUUGCGUUGCAGAAGUUCGAAGACAACUUAGACGAUUACAUGCAUCUAGUCAUUCCCUCCAUCGUAAAACUUUUUGACGCGACAGAUUGUCCUAUUUCAGUCGCAAAAGUUGCUAUGGAGACUGUGGAUUACCUAUCAGAUUCUUUGAACUACAAUGAGUUGGUGUCUCGGAUUAUCCAUCCGUUAGUGAGAAGCAUGGACAUCUGCCCUCCCCUGCGGCCCACGGCUAUGGACACGCUUUGCGCUUUGAUAGUGCAGCUGGGCCGAAAGUACUUGGAUUUUAUACCUCUCGUGCAGAAGAUAGUAACCAAGCAUAGAAUACAGCAUCAGAACUAUGAGCAACUGAUGUCAAAACUGCAGUCAAACUCAAACUCCACACUGUCCGUAGACGAGUUCUUGCAGAGCACGAGAAGGAAGCCCAGGAACAACAAUCAAGAGGCUCGUAUCGUGGUGUGCGAUACAUCCUCGUCUAUCCGCAAGUUAUUCGUGAACGCUCACAACCUGAAACUAGCGUGGACCGUGAGCAGUCGCGUUUCGAAGGACGACUGGCUAGAGUGGCUCCGGCGUUUCAGCAUCGGUCUGCUCACAGAGUCCCACAGUCCCGCGCUCAGAGCGUGCCUGGCGCUAGCACACAACUACUCGCAGCUGCUGCGCGACCUGUUCAACGCGGCCUUCGUGUCGUGCUGGACGGAGCUGGAGGCGCCCGCGCGCGCCGAGCUGCAGCGCGCGCUCGAGCAGGCGCUCACGGCGCCCGACGCGCCAGAGCUGGCGCACACGGUGCUGAACCUGGCGGAAUUUAUGGAGCACUGCGACGCGGGAGCGCUGCCAAUAUCCACGCACUUGCUGGGCGAGAGGGCUAUGCACUGCCGCGCUUACGCGAAGGCUUUGCACUAUAAGGAGGAGGAAUUCCGCAGCGGCGCAACAUCCCAAGUAGUGGAAGCGCUGAUCCUCAUCAACAACAAGCUGCAGCAGAAGGAGGCGGCCGAGGGGCUGCUGGAGCGCGUGAUGGCCAAGCGCGAGGACGGCGACACGCGCCUGCAGGUGCAGGUGCGCUGGUACGAGAAGCUGCACAACUGGGAGAAGGCACUCAACCUCUACGGAGAGAAACUGUCCCACGACGCCAACGAUAUGGAUGCCUACCUCGGCGAACUACGAUGCUUCGAAGCUCUAGGAGAAUGGGUCAAAUUAUACAACACUGUCUCUAAAAGGUGGCCGCAAAUGAGCAAUGAUGAGAAGUUCAAAGCAGCCAGAUUAGCUGCAGCUGCCGCGUGGGGACUUAACGAGUGGGAUUCGAUGGCUAAAUAUGUCAGCUUCCUCCCGGAAAAUACUCAAGAUGGAGCAUUCUACAGAGCUGUGCUCGCCAUACAUGACGGCGAAUUUGAUAUCUCCAAACAGUUUAUAGAUCAAGCCAGAACUUUACUUGAUUCAGAACUGACGGCCGUCGCAGGGGAAAGCUACCAGAGAGCGUAUGGAGCACUAGUCAACGCGCAGCUUCUAGCUGAAUUGGAAGAAGUUAUUACUUACAAGCUGAUAAAUGAGAGGAGAGAUACGAUUAGGCAAGCCUGGUGGACGAGAUUGCAAGGCGGACAGAGGCUAGUGGAAGACUGGAGGAAGAUCCUGCAAGUGCGCGGCUUGGUGUUGACUCCUCAUGAAGACAUGGCCACUUGGCUGAAGUUCGCCUCGCUGUGCCGCAAGAGCGGUGCUCCUAGACAGGCGCAUAGAACUCUAGUUAUGUUAUUGGGUAUAGAUCCGAGUAAGGAUACUGAAAUGCCCCUCCCUACCCACGAACCACGCCUCACACUGGCGUACGCUAAGCAUCUCUGGGUGGCCGGUGACAAACAACUCGCUUACAAGCAGUUGCAACGCUACGUGGAUUCCGCUGAGUCCGGAGACCCCGACAACAGUCGCCUUCUCGCCCGCUGCCAUUUGAAACUUGGAGCCUGGUGCGAAUCGCUAUUAGGCAUCAAUGAGACCUCCAUUCCAGAAAUCCUAAGAAAUUACUCCUCGGCGACUCAGUUAUCGCCCGACUGGUACAAAGCCUGGCACGCCUGGGCGUACAUGAACUUCGAGAGCGUGCUCUUCCAUAAACACCAAGACCCUGCCGCGGAAAACGCUCAAAGCGUAGACAAGAAAGACCCUGAAUUCGUCGAGCAGUAUACAGUGCCGGCCGUGGACGGGUUCUUUAAAUCUAUCAAUCUCUCUCACGGAAGCUCUCUACAGGACACGCUCAGAUUGCUGACGCUGUGGUUCGACUACGGCCACCACCCGGCCGUCCACGAGGCUCUAGUCGACGGUAUUCGAACCAUCGAAAUAAAUGUAUGGCUACAAGUGAUACCCCAGCUGAUCGCCAGAAUCGAUACGCCUCGGGCUUUAGUCGGAAAGCUGAUUCAUUCUUUACUUAUCGAUAUUGGAAAAUCGCAUCCGCAAGCGUUAGUCUAUCCUUUGACGGUGGCUUCAAAAUCUUCCUUCAUCGCCCGGAAGAACGCCGCUAACCAGAUAUUAAAAUCAAUGUGUACUCAUUCGAGUAACUUGGUGAACCAGGCAGCUAUGAUAUCUGAGGAGCUGAUCAGAGUGGCUAUUCUGUGGCACGAGCAAUGGCACGAGGCUUUGGAAGAAGCUUCUAGAUUAUACUUCAGCGAGCACGACGUUAAAGCGAUGUUUAAGACUCUGGAGCCUCUGCACGCUAUGUUGGAGCGCGGCCCGCAGACUACUAAGGAGGUGUCCUUUACGCAAGCAUAUGGAAGAGACUUGAACGAAGCGCAGGAAUGGUGCAAUAGAUUCAAGGACACAAACGCAGUCCGCGACUUAAACCAAGCGUGGGACUUGUACUACCACGUGUUCCGGCGCAUCAGCCGGCAGCUGCCGCAGCUGACGUCUCUCGAGCUGCAGUACGUCAGCCCGCGCCUGCUCAACUGCCGGGACCUGGAGCUGGCUGUGCCGGGGUCAUACAUCCCUGACCUACCGCUCAUCCGCAUCGCGCAUAUACAGAGCAGCCUGCAGGUUAUAACCUCAAAGCAGCGCCCUCGUCGCCUCUGCGUCCGCGGUUCCAACGGCAAAGACUACAUGUUCCUACUCAAGGGCCACGAGGACUUGCGGCAAGACGAGCGCGUCAUGCAACUUUUCGGCCUCGUGAACACCCUGCUGCAGGCCGACCCGCACACCUUCCGACGUGACCUCAACAUACAGAGAUACGCCGUUAUCCCACUGUCAACCAACUCUGGUCUCAUAGGCUGGGUGCCUCACUGUGACACCCUGCACUCUCUCAUCCGCGACUACCGCGAGAAGAGGAAGUGCCUUCUCAACAUCGAGCACAGAAUAAUGCAGCGCAUGGCGUCCGACCUGGAGAAACUCAUGCUCAUGCAGAAGGUGGAAGUGUUCGAGCACGCACUAGAGCACACGGCGGGCGACGACCUGGCCAAGCUCCUCUGGCUGAAGAGCCCCUCGUCCGAAGUGUGGUUCGAGCGCCGCACCAACUACACGCGCUCUCUGGCUGUUAUGAGCAUGGUGGGCUACAUCCUCGGCCUGGGCGACCGGCACCCGUCCAACAUCAUGCUGGACCGCGUGACGGGCAAGUUCCUGCACAUCGACUUCGGGGACUGCUUCGAGGUGGCCGUCACCAGGGACAAGUUCCCCGAGAAGAUCCCCUUCCGGCUCACCAGGAUGCUCAUCAACGCCAUGGAGGUAACGGGCAUCGAAGGCACGUACCGGCGCACCUGCGAGUCCGUGAUGGAGGUGCUGCACCGGCACAAGGACAGCGUGAUGGCCGUGCUCGAGGCCUUCGUCUACGACCCGCUGCUCAACUGGCGCCUCAUCGACGCCGGCCGCCGCUCGCGCGCAGACGACACGCAAGACUCCAGCUCACCAUUACCCAGCAGAAGUAGAAUCCCUAUAGGAUUGAAUGAAGCUUUAGACCAGCCCGCUGAAAUGAAUUUGAACAAGCGCGCGCUCGGUAUAGUCAAUCGUGUCCGUGAUAAACUCACAGGGCGAGAUUUCCCGCAUAUAGAUGAAACGGUCUCUGUACAGAAGCAGGUGGAGCUGCUAAUUCAACAGGCGACGAGCAAUGAGAAUUUGUGUCAGUGUUAUAUUGGAUGGUGUCCGUUUUGGUAAAUUGUAUUGCAAAAUCGUUACUUUCUUUUAUUAGAACUUUGAGAAGUUAUAGUAUCAACACGCUUCCUAACAUCUCUAGCACUUUUACUGCCAAGAAUCAAAUAAGUUAGAAAUUAAAUUGAAGUCUUAAAAUUUAGCUACUACUUGCUAAAAAUCAUGACAUGUUUGAGAUUCGGUCCUUGCCAGAGGUCCAGAAAAAGGUAACAGACAAUGAAUCCGUUAGCUCUACUUCGUAAGCACGGAUUGUUGGAUGGUGGAAAACUAUAUCAACUAUCGCUAGAGACACACAUUGAACGAUAUAAUUAUAUACCUACAUUUGUAAACCGUUGUUUCUCAAGAUAUAGUUGGCUGGCACCUCUAUGACAUGCUUGAGCACCUUAAUUAUAUCGUAAGCGCUAAGAGCUCUAACCGAACAAGCUAUUAGAUUGAUUAGUGUGACUCGAUAUUCACUAAUAUACAAUAUCAGAGAUACGUUGAGAGGUAAAAACAUGUAAAUAAAUUAUGUAAUGGAAAAUAUGAAUAUGGAAAAUGUAUCCUAUCCUAUAUUCAGAAUAGUGACUACAAAGAAUAAUUAUUAAGCCCUUUUCUUACUGGCUGGUUCCAUGCUUGUUCCUCAAGAUGCUUUACAUACAGAAACAUUGAAUGUAUGGCCAUCAGAUACCUCUCCAAUGAAGAUCAAUAAUUAUAAACUGAAAUAGAUACCAUACACUAAAGAAAGUGCGAUCCAGUCCACUGGUGGCGAAGCCGGGAAUCGAACCCGGGUCUCCAGCUAUCGCAAAACAUAUUUAAUAAAAUAAUUUGAUUUGUUACAUUCAUCAAUAAUUAUAAAAUAUAUAAAACACGCUAAAUCAAUAAAUGUAAAUAUUAUAGUCAUUUAAUAAACUUAUAUUUACAUAAGUUUAAUCGUACUAUUCUGGGUGGUUAUUUGUAACUUUAACUCUUUAUACGAAAUAGAUGUGCCUAUACCAAUGGUUGCCAUUUCAUAUUUAGGUUAAGGUUAAACUUUUUAAGCCAAAGUUUUUUUAAUUCCUAAUAUCACAAAUAUCGAUCCUUUGAACAAUUAACGUUAAUAAAAUAAAGGAACAAAGAGAAAAAUUCGAUCAAUGACGAAAUUCUAUGCCGAUAAAAAACGGUUUUAUUAGGAGUAGGCAAGUACCUACUCCAUCGCUUGUUUUACAUAUUUCUAUGCAUUUUCUAUAAGCCAUAAAUUUAAUCGCUAGUAUAGAAUUAAGUGUAUCGUGUCCUGUAAAUAUUGUUAGAUAUUUUUUCUUUAACAUUGUCAUCACUUUAUGUAUAGACGUUUCCAUAAAAACGAACAUUAUGUACCUAGUUAAGUGAUUUUGACAGCUAAAAGAUGGCGCUGCAUGGCCCUAUAUUUUGU